CACUUCCGGUCCUCUGAGCGCUGAUUGGCUGCUGUCGGCCUCCGUUUCCGGGAUCGUACUUCCGGCGGGCCUUGGGUCGUGGAGCGAAGGGUUGCUGAAGGUUGGAACAAUGGCUGGCCGCAGAGCUGCUUUGAAAGCAAUUGACUGGGCGGCAUUUGCUGAGCGAGUGCCUCCCAAUCAAAAACCCAUGUUCAUGGCCCUGAAAACACGCAGUGAUGGUCUCUCAGCAAAACUUACUUCUUUGCCAGAGGCACCUCCAGCUAUUGACUGGGCAUUUUACAAGGCUGCAAUUGCCAAAGUAGGCAUGGUGGAUGAAUUUGAGAAUAAGUUUAAAGCCCUCAAAAUUCCUGAGCCUGUGGAUACCCAGUCAGCAAAGAUAGAUGCCCAAGAGCAAGAAGCUGCCAAGAGUGCAGCUUCCUAUGUACAGGCCUCUAAGGACCGUAUUGUUCAAUAUGAGAAGGAGCUUCAGAAGUUUAAAAACAUGAUCCCCUUUGAUCAGAUGACCCUUGAUGAUUACUUUGAGGCAUUUCCUGAAACUAGGUUGGACAAAGAGAAGUAUCCAUUUUGGCCACACAAGCCUAUUGCUGACUUGUAAAGGCUUGCCAUCUGGGAGAACUCUUCAGCACCCACCACUUUUCAGGACUGUAAUAAAUAAAGUAAUUGUACUGGA